AUGUUGUUAAAGACCUUCAUUGUUCGUAUUUUAGUCUUUUUAGCUCUCACUUCUGAGAGCUAUGGAAAUCUCGAAAAUCAGGUCCGGUUAGCCUUGCUAAAAUUUGCAGUAUCCAAGACGGAAUGUGAAAAACCUUGGCCAAGAGGCGAAUUGACGGACGGUGUCAAGAACAUGCUGAGGCACGUGAGUUCAAAGGAUAAAGAAAACUGGCAGCCAGAACCAGAAUACUUGAAAAAAGUGAGUGAUUAUUGGUGCGCCAGUGGAAAUUUUAAGAACUCACUCUUAUUUGCUGGCAAUCCAAAAGAAAGACACACGGUUGACUCGCCAGUAGAAAAUUCUAUUGAUACCUCCGAUGAUAAUUCUAUUGAUUUUCCUAAUGAAUUAACGGAGAGCUAUAUAGAUGAUUCUACCUCAAGAAGCACUCCUUUUUCAAAAACUUCUCUAGUUUCUUUUCUCUUAGGUUCAGUUUUUGGUUCCUUGCUUGCACACUACUUUUUUCUAUUAAAGACUACUUCUGUCCCAACAACAAAGGGCUUAAGAAGGCCAGAACUAUGA